CUCCUGCGCCUGCCGGCUCAGUCAGUCUGUGUGCGGCGGGGCCUAGCAGCAGGAUGAGUAUCUCGCGCUGGCCGCUGCUAGCGAUCGCUGCCGCCGCGGCGCUCGCGGUGCUGGCCGAGGACCCGUUUGGAGAAGACUGCAGAAGUAAAACAUAUCCUCCUGCAGGACCAACAUUCAAAGGGACGGUUCCAACAUACAUCAUAAAUCUUGAUUUACCUCCCAGCAGAAGAUGGGAUAAGUUGCUGAGUGACAAAAAAAUAGAGUUGAAGACUGUAAUUCAGAGUAUUAAAAAUAUAGCAAAUGCAUUCGUCCCUAGUGGCAAAGCUGUUGAAAUAGUGGAUACUAAGUUGGUUCGACUGAUUUCCACCCUUCCCUACCCUUUCAGUGAAGAGCUCAAAGGGAUUGCAAAUGCUUCGGGCAUUCCUUUGGGAGAAAUUGUUCUGUUUAAUAUCUUCUAUGAAAUCUUUACAGUAUGUACUUCAAUAGUAGCAGAAGACAAAUCAGGAAAGCUGUACCAUGCUAGAAAUUUAGAUUUUGGACUAUUUCUUGGGUGGGACAUAAAAAAUAGUUCCUGGAUUAUAACUCAGGAAUUGAAGCCCUUAGUGGUGACUCUGGACUUCCAGAGAAACAACAAAACAGUAUUUAAGUCUACAAACUUUGCAGGAUAUGUGGGCAUGGUGUCUGGAAUCAAACCAGGAAUUUUCACUCUUACAAUGAAUGAGCGCUUCAGUCUUGACGGUGGUUACAUUGGAAUCUUUGAGUGGAUUCUUGGGAGGAGAGAUGGUAUGUGGAUGGGCUUCCUCACCAGAACUGUGCUAGAGAAUGGUACAAGUUAUCAAGAAGCAAAAGACCAGCUGGUUAAAACAAGACUACUGGCUCCAGCUUACUUCAUACUGGGAGGAAACAAAUCUGGAGAGGGCUGUGUGAUCACUCGUAGCAGACAAGCUGCCUUGGAUAUCUGGGACCUUGAUGCAAAUGGGGGCACAUGGUAUGUGGUGGAAACAAACUAUGAUCGUUGGAAGGCUCCCCUUGUCUUGGAUGACCGUAGAACACCUGCAAUGAAGUGCAUGAACCAGACAAAGCAAGAGAACAUCUCCCUACCAACCAUCUAUGAUGUUCUCUCCACAAAGCCUAUUUUAAAUAAGCUGACUGUGUGCACAACACUGAUGGAGGUUUCAGAAGGCCGUUCAGAAAGUUAUCUGCGGGAGUGCAUAGGUUCCUGUAGUCCAUGGUGAUCCUUCACCCAUCUGGGAUGAGCUCUGCCUGUUGGAAUUGGAUGCCCUUCACUAAAAAGAACUGUACCUCUGGAAAGGGGCUCUUCAGCCUCCAAAUGUUUCAUCAGAACUUUGAUAGCUAUUUGCAUAUAGCUAUUAACGAGCUUCUAAGAAUAGAUCUAAUGUAGCACAGGUCGGUCAUCUGCUUUCUUAAUUGACAGUUCAGACAACUGUACUAGCAUUUUGUUUCUACUUCCAAGUAUAUUUCUGUAAGUGUAAUACAACUAUCGCCUAUUGGUCCCUGCUAAUUUGUUACCGCAAUUGUUCACUAUCAGAAAAUUCCUUUUUUAGAUUAAAGAUACUUUUAAACUACAAAAUUGCAUUAGCGUGGCACCCUCGCCCAGUAUGAGAAAACUAGAAAUGGUGUAAAAAAGGCAGUUGAUUAAAUGAGUUCUGCUACUCUUCCUUUUCACAAUAACAAAUUAAGAGUUAUAUAGUUGUUUGGAAGAACGUUUAAUGCUGCUAGUCCAGUAUUAAGGAUGUAUUUCUAAAAUGUCUGUGUAAAAUGACCUAUCCCUAAAAUAGCUCCUAUUACAAUAAACAAGCUGUUGGGGAAUGUCUUGUUACAUCUGGGACAGAAGUGGCCUUUGGUGUUUGGGAGAUUUUUACCCACGUUAUUUCCUUGGCAUGACAUUUGCACUCUAACAAAAAAAAAAGCGAAUGUUUCAAAACAUGUAUUAAUACUAAAUAUUCCUAGAGAAUAUCCAUCUACUUUUUGACAUCCAAAGUGCCUAUGUAUGAGUCACUUAUGCACAAGACACCUAUGUACACAUUUAAUAUAACUUAGUCUGUCACUUGCAAUGAAAAUAGGACAUUGCAAACAACUUGCAUAAAGUAGAGAAAUUAUCCUAUGAGGAACAAACAUCAAUUAUUAAAUUAGCAAAUAAAUCCAUAAAGCUGUACGGAGAGAGAGCGUGUACUACAAUAGAAAGUAUUUGAAAGACCAGUAAUGUUGGUUCUAUUUCUCAGUUGUUAAAGAUCCUUACGUAGGACAAAGGAAAUAUAGAAACCAGAACUAGUAAAUUGGGAUGAUAUUCAAACGGUAAGGAGAAGUUUAAUAUGCCUACUAGAGCUGAGUGAAUGAUUUUUGUUGUUGUUCCUGGGCAGAACUGAAAAAUCCCCAAAAAACACUGUUUCUAAGUGAAACUGUGUUUUUGUUCUUGUUUCUCUUAGACUGAAACAAAUUGUUUUGGGUGGGUUUUCUUUUUUGUAUCAGAAUGGUUUUAGGUGUUUCACCCUCUAAGUAAAUAACUACUUCUGAAUAAAACAAUUUUGAAAUGAAAAGCAAAAAUAUUUCGUUUCAUGUUGCCAUUUUGAACAGUUUCAC